GUUACAAGCUCGUUGUUGUCUACAAAAUAUGGCGAUGGAAUAGUUAUAGGUCGUUAUGAAAUUGAUUGUGAGAGAUAUGUGCCCUUUUGAGUCAGCUUUUAUUCUGUAAUACAAGAACUGAGAUGUCGUCGAUACAUUUUGUAGUGCAUCCGCUUCCAGGCACAGAAGAGCAACUCAAUGACAGGCUCAAAGAGGUGUCUGAGAAAUUGAAUCGUUUUGGGUCUGCCACUCCAGCUGCUCUGAGCAAUCUCAAAGUAGCCGUGAAGCGUAUUGUGGUUGGUCCAAGUCACUUUGCUCUGCUUUUAGAGGAUGGGCGUGUUUGUAGAGUGUCAUUCUCCAUUAUCAUAGAUCGACUUGACCUUAGCAAAACUGAUCCCAGUAAAAGCAGCAACAUCAAUAACAGCAAGGUUGGCAGCACUGGUGGUGCAGGUUCAGGCUCAAGCGGUCGCCAGCUUACAAGGACCCGCGCUCGCAUUAUGCGUUCAAAUGCAUCCUUACGUGUUACUGCUGGUGGAGCUGGAGGAACAGCAGGAGGUCGUGGUGCUCCUGGAGUAAUUAUGGGAGCAGGGGCUGGUGCAGGAGGGGCUGGUGGAGGAGCACGACCUAUUGUGCCUGCCCCAUAUGUGCCUGAGGAACUGGUAUCACAGGCACAGGUUGUGUUGCAAGGGAAGAGUAGAAAUCUCAUCAUUAGGGAACUGCAGCGGACCAACCUUGAUGUUAAUCUGGCAGUAAACAACCUUCUGAGUCGUGAUGAUGAAGAAGGAGAUGAUGCAGAUGAUGCACCAGAUUCCUACGUUCCAGAAGAUCUGAUAUCACUUCUAGAUGGUGGUUUCCAUUCUGAACAUUCUGUUAUUAUUGAUGCUGAUGCAAUGUUUUCUGAAGACAUGUUUGGGUAUUCUGCCAUAAGAAGCCGUGGAAAUACUAGUAGCCGCCGUCUCGCAACUGACAGGGACCGUGAAUCAGACAGGGAUCGGGAUAGAGAUCGAGAUAGUUUUUCCCGAUGGAGAGAUCGUCAGUACUUCGGGCCCCGACGUUGGCUUGAAUCUGCUCUGCGUGAUUCGACAUGGGACAAAGAUCCAGAAAGUAAAAAGAAGGAGUUUGCAGCCCAGAGUCCACUUUGGAUGUCAGAUGAAUUGGAGUUUUGGCCAGAGAGAGGGGAACCAGUACCACAGUUCAGUUUGCUGGCAGCAUUGUACAGUGAACUUAUAGCAGUGACAUCAAGUGGUCAACUGUACCAGUGGAAGUGGAAUGAGCCUGAACCAUACAGACACCCAGAGAAUGUCAACAUUCAUCAUCCUAAAGCAGCGACAUUGGGACUGCUGUCAGAGCGAAUAGUUCAGAUAUCAGCAACAGUUAUCCGCUGCUCUGUUGCGACAGAAAGUGGAAAGGUGGCAACCUGGUUGGACGAACUUCUAAAUCAUGCAGCUGUUAAGUUAGAGCACCCUGCCCAGAGUUUUACAGAGUUCACUGUAGAUCGCAUUGUCUCGCUUAAUACCUGUACAUUGUAUACUGUAGCUAGACUGGAAAGUGGAGCACUCUACUGGUGGGGUGUUUUGCCAUUUGGACAGCGUAAACGGUUGUGGGAAAAGCAUCGUGCAAAAUCCCGUAAGCACCGACCAUCUGCUGUGGCGGCUGACAUUGUCUGCGGAAGUCAAGUGUGCAUGAAGAACAGUCCCAUGUACCAGCCAGGAGCUAUUGGCUUCACAAUAUCUGGUGGUGUUCCUAAGGUUGGCCAGUUGCUAAAUGCUGCAUGGAACCUGACAGACCUGUGUCGCUUCAAACUGAUAACAGCCCCAGCACCAACACAACAUCACAGUGCAUCAUCUACACCUGAACAUCGUCGUGGAGCAGACAGCAGUAGUGGUAACAACAGUGGAGCUGGUGUAACUUCAGCAAGCAGCCUUCCAGCACCAGGCAGUAGUGGAAACAAAAACAGCCUGCAUAAAGAGACAGCAGACAGGCUCGACAUGCCCCCUCCUCCUUCUCCCGCAUCAAGUACCUGUAGUGACACAGGCAGCAUUACAACCAGCCACAAAAGACAGAAACGUCCGGCACCAAAAGGAGAAGAUACAGAGAAGAAGGAUGAGGAGGAAUGGCAGCUAAAGGAUGUUGUAUUUGUGGAGGAUGUGAAGAGCGUGCCAGCUGGUCGAGUAUUGAAAGUGGAUGGGGCACAUGUAGCUGUUCGUUUUCCGUGCACCAAAGAUUCAAAGGAAAUGAAAGAUCUUACAUCUGAUGAUACAGUUAAUCUUCUCCAAGAUUGCAGGCUUAUGAGAAAAGAUGAACUCCAGGUGAUUAAAUCUGGCGCUACUUCCCGUGCUCCGGAUUGUUUUCAGCGCAUCCCUCGGAGAGUAAAUAUAGCUGAAGGAGGACAGAUUCUCACAAUCACAGUUGAUGGACAAGGUAUUCAUGCUGUUGUAAAGACAGGUGGCAAACUCAGCUAUGUAGUUUACAAUCUGAGCAGUGGCAGAGCGGAGCAGGACAGCCCAUUCCCUUCAGAUACGGGCUCAUUUCUGGGUCUGGAUCCGCAGAACAUCAGUUUGACAAGUGCAGGAGAGACAAGUGAUAGUGUUCUGAUUCUGAGAGAUGGUAACAGCACAAUCUAUCCACUUGCAAAGGAUUGUGUGGACAGUAUUAGGGAUCCUCAGUGGCUCGAUCUCCCACCUGUGCGGUGUAUAGGAGCUGGAACUCAUGCUCUGAGUGUUGCUGCUGGCUCUAAUAUGAAGAAUCAGGUUGCCGUCAUUGUCUUGGCCUUGGAAUCCCAAAUUCUCAUGCCUAGAAUACUACGAUGUGACUUUGAAGGUGUUAAGCAAGUGCUGAUGAACCUUGAACAAGAAGCUAGGUGUUGCAAUGAGGUAGGACCUCCACUACAAGGUAUACUAUUGGAGCGCUGUGAUGGUAAUCGUAAUAUCUUCCAUGCUUGUGUCACUAUGUGCACACCAACAUCAAACAAGGAUGGAGAUCAAGAGGGAAGCAGUAACAGUAACAAUUCAGGGCUGGAGUCUAUCAAUGUAAUAACCAAUGCUUUGGGUUCCCGCUCUGUAAGUCUGCGUGAGAUGAUGCGAAGGGCAACCGCUGCAGUCAGGUCAUCUGAACGUGACAUGGCUGUGGAUAGUGCAGCACAUCAGCCGUUGGCAGAAGAAGCAAUUCCAACAUUAAGCUGGCCACCCGAGACAUUUGACCCAACAUCUGGUGAUGAGGACAGCCUUAUGGGUCUUGGAGCCUCAAGUACACCUAACACAAAACCCACAACAAGCAGUUCAGUCUCUGGUGUGGCAAGUAGUAAUUCAUAUGUUGUGGACCCAACAGAACGCAAGAACAAUGCACUGAUGACACUGCAACUGUUGUGUGAGAGCCCUGGACUUAAUCCACACCUAAAGGAAAUGCUUGUUGCCAAAGAUGCGCAAGGUUUGACGCCAUUCAUGUUGGCGGUAACAUCACGUGCAUAUGCUGCAGCAUUAACACUUCUGGAUACAAUUCAGCGAGUGGCAAAUAAGGAAACAGCGUCUCCUCCUCUUAGUCCAGUGGCAGUUCCGCCAUCUUUACCUACAGCUGAGCAACAAACUGCCAAUGUUACCUCAAUUUCUGAAUCAUCCCAGCAGCACCGUAAGGCUGAUGCUCUGACUGCCAUGGUGUACCCUGCUGGUUCAAGUCCAGAUGAUUCACCACUCCAUGUUAUUUGUUGUAAUGAUACCUGCAGCUUUACAUGGACAGGAGCUGAACACAUCAAUCAGGAUAUCUUUGAGUGUCGUACAUGUGGUUUGACUGGUUCACUGUGUUGCUGCACUGAAUGUGCCAGAGUGUGUCACAAGGGUCAUGACUGCAAGUUGAAGCGCACUUCCCCCACAGCUUACUGUGACUGCUGGGAAAAAUGCAAGUGCAAGGCUCUGAUUAUGGGCCAGCAAGGAGCACGCUAUAACCUGCUGUGUAGACUUGUGACAGAGACUGAUCUUGUGUCUCAGCCAAACAGCAGAGGUGAGAGCAUUCUGCUGUUCUUGGUUCAGACUGUAGGGCGCCAAUCAGUGGAACAGCGUCAGUAUCGAACCGCAAGACCCAGAAGUGCAUCUGCCUCCAGUAGGAAAACACCAUCUUCAGAUGCUGAGCCAGAUAUGCCUGAUCAUGACUUGGAGCCUCCUCGGUUCAGCAGAAGGGCACUGGAAAGGCUCCUUAAUGACUGGUCAGCUGUCCAUCGGAUGAUUAUGUCUGGUGUGAAAGAGAUACCACCAACCUCACAACCUGUUUAUGAUGACCAAACCUACUUGCAGAGCCAAACUGGAACAACUUUAUUAGACAAGUUUACAUAUUGUCUCUUAGUAAAGUGCAGUGCUGAGAUGUUAGACACACUUUUAACUACACUAAUCCGAGAGCUCCAGAAUGAAUCAUCUCCUAGUCAUUUAGCCGAUGCCAAGGUUGUAGCACGCCGAUUUGUUCGUUCUGUAGCCCGUAUAUUUGUUAUUUUCAGCAUUGAGAUGGCUCCCACAACCACCAAAAGACGUGGGUUGAACAGCAUGUCUCAGCCAUUGGUCAAAUGCAAGAGAGUUUUCCAAGCACUGAUCAAACUGGCAGUCGAGGAGCUGUGUGAAACAGCUGACUCACUCAUAGCUCCAGUCCGACUAGGGGUGGCUCGACCAACUGCUCCUUUCACACUUGCCAGUACCACAAUUGAUGUCAUCAAUGGCUCUGAGGAGCUAUUUUCAGUUGAACCUCUUACGCCUCAUGGUGGAUAUAUGGCAGGAGGGCGACCUCUAGUUGGUAGCGUGGCUGGCUCAUCUCGUGGUACAGAAGUAUCUCGUCCUGGUCUAGUGAAUGCCGUCGUUCGAGCUAGAGCAGUAAUGAUGCUAGAAGAUACUGAUACCGUAGAUGGUAUGCCUGCUGAAGAUGGAGAUGGUGAGGGCAGUGAACAGGAGGAUAAUGCAGACAGAAGUGGAGGUGUAGGAGUGGGAAGUGGGGAAGCAAUGGAAGCAGAAGUUGGAGAUCUGGUGGGAGGAGUGGGAGGCCCAGGAGAUGAUGCUCAGGGAGAUGGAGAAUCUGAUAAUGAACUGGACCUUCUGGCAGAAACAGAGUCAGACUCAGAUGAUAACCAUAGCAACCAAGAUGCAGCUUCAGCCCAGCGAAGUGUGCAGACUGGAGCUACUGCAGGAUCUGACACAGGCAUUGCCUCACUGCUGCUGUUCCCAGAGGAUGACUCAGCAGAGUCCAGCCAGCAAGAAGAUGACGAGUCUGAGGCAGGCGAGACUGACGAGCAGGACACAGAGGAAUUUGCCCUUGCAGAUGAACAAUUAGAACGCAGGAGCUCAACUGCUGGACAUGGUCAUCGUAAUAACCUGGCACCACAGUCGAUGCAGUGGGCAAUUCGCAACUGUGAAACAGGGGCAAGAGCUGGAGGUGUGCGUGUUGCAGGUGGAAGCAGUUUGGUGUUCAUUGAUCCUUCUUCCCUACGACGAUCGACCACUGCAACAGCCGCUGUUGCUGCUGCAGCAGCCAGUCAAGAGCCAGUCACUAUGGCGACAACAGCAAGUUGCUUGGCAAGAGCAUUUGGCAUUGUUGUGCGUCAAAUAGCAGAUCUUCUCACCAUGCUUCAAGACUAUCAUGCACUUGCACCUGCUUUAUCACGAACACUAGAUAUAUCUUAUCAAGAAUCCAUUAAUUUACAGUUAUACUUGGAGUACCAUCUCAAGCCUACUUGGGAUUGGCUACUGACUGUGAUGGAUUCAACAGAAGCUCAGCUUCGGUUUGGUGCCUCUCUGACACAUUCAUCAGAUCCAACACAUCCAGGUCACCCACUUCAUCAGACAGCAGGCCUUGGACUAGGUGUUGCAGGAGGACUUGGAGGUCUUCUAGGUUCUGCUGCUCUGUCCCUUUCUGUGCUGGGAGGAGGGUCAGGCACAUCUGGAACCACAGCAGGAACUGGAGGUACUCGGAGUUCUGGACAUAGAGCGGUGUCAUCAAAUUCCACUGCCACUACAACAGGCACAAGAAUUGUUGGGUUUGCAACUGGAGGUGUGGAUGCACCAAGGACUGCUCGGGACAGAGAAGCUGCAGAUCCGCAGUCUGCACGAAGAGAUUUCCUCUCAUAUUGUCUGUCUCUGAUGCGAGCACAUAAUGCAGAACAUCUUGAUAGCUUACCAAUACUGGAUGUAUCAGCUUUGAAACAUAUUGCAUACGUAUUUGAUGCUUUAAUCUACUACAUGCGAUCUGGCACAGAAAGUCCUGAUGCUGAUCUCCGUGAUGGACUGCCAAUGGAAACUUGGAAUGAUCAGGAUGAAAAUGAUAAUGAUGAGGGAGAUGAUGAAUUGAAUCACUCAGUAGCAAUGGAAACUGAUUCUGUUGAUGAGCAAGAAGCUGUUGGACCAGGAACUGGAGUGUUGGGUGUGAGUGCUGUCAGUCCCAAUGGGAAAGGGCGCAAGAACCCAUUUCUUCAACGUUCAGACUCUACUUUGUGCCUUGGUUGUCCACCACCAGAUCCCUUUGACACACCUAUGUCUGAAGCUUUGCCUCUGGCAGACCAGCCACAUUUGUUACAACCUAACGCCAGAAGAGAAGAACUGUUUGGGAUGCCUAAACAGCCAAUUACUGUUCCAGCAUCAGGCACGAGUCCACCAGGAACAUAUAAUCCACUAGAAGUUCUGCCAACCCGACUUGGUUUGUCCAUGAGAACUGCAGAUAAUACAAGUGGAAUCCCAUGUAUGAAUGCAACUAGCAACACGCACUUGGGGCCGGGGCCCAGUAGCAGCAGUGGCACAGAAGAAAGACAUGCUUCAACUACUGCAACUGCUGUGAAACCACAGUCCCAGCCAGGUCCUAGUAAACCUGUUUCUGAGGAUGUCAACACAAGCAAAGAACAGCUUCCAUUUCAUGGGACAACUUUUGAUGCUUUUGAUCACCUCUUUCGCGAGAUAGAGGAAGAAGAAACAGUGCAAAUGAAGUUGAAUGAUCCAAGUCCAGAUGGUAACAUGAGUGCUGCACCUCUAACACCAGCAACAGAGGAAGGCCCACAGGAUCUAUCAUUUAGCAAGGAGCCACCACCACCACCGCCACCGCCGCCGCCACCUCCCCCACCACCACCACCGCCACCACCCCCACCGUCAUCAGCUAGUUCAGCACCUGUUAGCAAAAUGGAAGUUGACAGCGGGGACUUAGAAGAUUUUAUUUCAGGUUCUGAUUCAGGUAAUCCAUUUGCUCGUUUGACUGCAGAUGGAAAACCUCAAUCAUUUAAUGAAAGGAAAAAGUCACAGGCAGAGAUAAGUGUAUCUGAAGGACCAGCUGACCUUAGCAAACCAGGCCCAAGUGGUAUGCAAGCAUCUGGAAGUGAAACUGAUAUUGAAAGAGCCACAGCUUUGCAGGAACUGGCUUCUGGAAGCAUUGUAGCCUCUGCUGCUUCAGUAGAUACAUCCUUGUCUGAAGAGAAUCGGAAAUUGAUGGAGCAAAACAGAGCCCCAAUCAUUGUUUCUGCUCGGAAAGUGGCAGCUGCACUCGCUAAUGCCAUUGCUUGUUUUGGAGAGCAGAACCCUUCAGCUACAACUUCAUCAACAGCUGUAUCAACACCUCCAGUCAAAAGUGUAAUAGUUCGUGCUGGUCCUGGGCCAACUACUUCGAGUGCCCCUUCUCACCGCACUGAUGCGCCUGACGUUUUGGUUGUCCCAACAACUGACUCGAGGCAGCAUGGUGAUGGGCAUGGACUUGACAGCAUAGGUGGAAGUCAUGAGAUCUCUGCCCAUGUCACUGUUGAGACAAGUCGGCCACAUGAUCAGCCAAGGCCUCAUCCUACAAUUGGCCAGUCUGUAUCCCACGAUCUUCUGCUUGGACGAUGGAGACUAUCCCUUGACCUCUUUGGACGUGUGUUCAUGGAAGAUGUGGGACUUGAACCUGGUUCUGUUGUUUCUGAACUUGGAGGAUUUGCUGUUAAGGAAGCCAAGUUCCGUCGUGAAAUGGAGAAACUACGUAAUGCCCAGCAAAGGGAUCUGUCACUGGCAAAGGUUGAAAGAGAAAGAACUCAGUUGAUAAUACAGACAAUGAAGGAGUUGAAUACACAGUACAACAACUACCACCGUAGAGCUUCAAGUUCACAGCCCCCACUAGCUGUCAAUCGAGUCAAAGUGACGUUUAAGGAUGAACCUGGUGAAGGCUCGGGUGUUGCUCGAAGCUUCUAUACUGCUGUAGCUGAGGCACUGUUAGCCAAUGAGAAGCUACCAAAUCUGGAAGCAGCUCAAGUGGGCACCAAGUAUGCUCCAUACAAUGUUCUGCAAAGAUUAAGAACACGUGAGAGGGAGACUAUGCGUCGGCAUGCUCAGGCCCAGCGUUCAUCUCAGCGUUGUCGAGAACCACGUCGUUCCUUAUCCUAUGAUGCCCGCCCCUUCUCUCCCCCUGGUGCUGAAAACAGUAACAGCACUUCAGGUAGUGGCAGUGGAGGCACGGGUCACAAUGAGCAUCUUACAUUACACCAGCAACAGCUUGGAGAUCGGCUGUAUCCAAAAGUGCAGCUUCUGCGCCCAACGUUUGCUAGCAAAAUCACUGGCAUGCUCCUUGAACUGACCCCAGCACAGCUUCUGAUGCUCCUUGCAUCAGAAGAUGCUCUCAGGCAAAAGGUUGAAGAAGCAAUGGAGCUUAUACUGAGCCAUGGACAAGAGCUUGCAUCAGAGGCGCUGCUAGAUCUAGAUGUGUUCAGCCUAUCAGAAAGAGGGAAGAAGUCUGGGAGUGGAGCAUCAAGAAGUUCAGAAACUGAAGAACCAACAGAGGAUAAUGAAGACAACUCACCCUUGUUCUAUAGUCCUGGAAAGAGAGGGUUCUAUUCCCCUCGUCAGGGAAAGGCCAGCUUUGAGAGGAUGAAUGCAUUCCGGAAUGUUGGGAGGUUGAUUGGUCUGUGCCUUCUGCAGAAUGAACUAUGCCCCAUUUUCUUGAAUCGUCAUGUAAUGAAGUAUAUCCUUAGUCGACCUAUUAGAUUCCAUGAUUUAGCAUUUUUUGAUCCAGUAAUAUAUGAGAGUCUGAGACAACUGGUGGUGGAUGCAGAAACUAAAGAUAGUAAUAGCCUCUUUUCUGCACUUGAUCUCACUUUCAGCAUUGAUUUGAGUGUAGAGGAAGGUGGUGGGACCAUGGAACUUGUAUCUGGUGGACGUGAUAUGGAGGUUACUGCACAAAAUGUUUAUGACUACGUGCGAAAAUAUGCUGAAUACCGCAUGAUCAAAACACAGGAAAAAGCUCUUGAAGCACUGCGUACAGGUGUAUUUGAUGUCCUGCCAGCUGGUUCACUGGACGGGCUUACAGCAGAAGAUCUGCGACUGUUACUGAAUGGGGUCGGUGACAUCAAUGUGGCCGUUCUCAUAUCAUACACCAGUUUUAAUGAUGAAUCAGGGGAGUCAAGUGAACGUCUCUUGAAAUUCAAACGUUGGCUGUGGUCCAUAGUAGAGAAGAUGUCUCACAUUGAGAGACAAGAUUUGGUAUAUUUCUGGACAGGCUCCCCUGCAUUACCUGCUAGUGAGGAUGGAUUCCAGCCCAUGCCAAGUGUGACAAUCCGACCUGCUGAUGAUUCCCACCUGCCAACAGCAAACACCUGCAUCUCACGCCUUUACAUCCCUUUGUACAGCAGUCGUGCAGUGCUCCGUCAUAAGCUGUUACUUGCCAUUAAGACUAAAAACUUUGGCUUUGUUUGAACCUCCCGUAGCAAUAUGUGAACUCAGUUGACAGUCCAUAUUGCUCACUGCAUUAGCUUCAGGUGUCUGUGGACCCACACUACAUAAAUCAUGACCUUGUGUACUGGCCUAGUUCAUGUGAUGUCAAUUCUGAUGUUUGAGUUUCAAAUGAACUACCUUCAGAAAAUUUGGCUACGUGAAAAGCAAUCUGCCAGCACAUUGGAUGAACAUUGGAGUUAGUAUACAGAGCUACAAAAUGGUAUAAAAUAAUACGAAUUCUCAUUUUGUUAAAAGACGUAAUAAAUUAUUUAACAUGAAACACAAUGUACCAUAUUGUACACAAUGGAGGAUAAAUUCAUAUGAAAAUAGAUAUGUAGGUGUUCCCUUCUGUUAUCUGGUAUUUUAGUUAAGCAGAUGAAUUAUCUAAACCUUUUUUAACUCUACCAGUUUCUGUUACACGUAUAAAGAGCAGUGUAAAAACUCAUCUUCCUCUGUUUUCUUAAUGUUUGUAUAUCUUCUUUUUGAAGUGGUUAGAAAAUUGCAUCUUGUGAGGAAAGAAAUGUUCUCUUUCAGUGAAAUUCAGUGAUUUGGGUUCAAACAAAAAUAGAAGCCACAAGUGAAUUAAAAAACAUGCAGCAACUGUAUUUGUAUUGAUAGCACGAGUUCUGUGCUGUAAUGUGUGGAACACACGCUUAAAUGCGUAAUGCCAUAAAAGUGUCAUUUUGUCAUUAAAAUCACAUGACACAAUAAA